UUCACAUUAAUUCUUCCUACUACGCACAAAUGGGACGCAAUGUCAUGGUGCAUUUGCUCAGUUGGAGUGUAAUUAUGAGUAUAUAUAUGACCAGAAUUAAACACUACUUGAGUUGAAAUUUUCGGUGCUUGGGAAAGAAAAGAAAGAUGUUUGUCCAGCUUAUUUUAGGUUUGGUAGCUUACACCAUUUGCUCUUGCACUGGAAAUCCUGUACCUUCGCAACAAAGCAUUAUUGUGGACGAUGAUGAAGUCAAUUGGUCAAAAUUAUUCAAUGCAAUGAACAAUCAAGUUGGACGCUCCAGUGGUAACAGAGAUUAUUCCAUCUUCGACGAAAUUAUGCGAGUUAAUAUGAUGGCACGAGGAAGUGGCCUAGCACGCAGUAGUGAUGGCGUCUUCCUUUAUCAAGGCGACAUAAAUCUGGAAAAAGAAGAAGUUUCAAAUCUAACGCGGGAAAACUCGUCUCAAGCAAAUUCUGUAGCACGUGGCAAACGGGCAGUUAUAAGAACAAAUGGUGUACGACUGUGGAAGAGAAAUCCUUCAUAUGCAAUUGAUAACAGUUUGCGUGGAUAUACUAGCCAUAUAAAAAAAGCAAUUGCUGAGUGGCAACAGACGUUAUAUGGCUGUUUGGGAACUUGGCGAGACGUAACAACUUGCGAAAUAAACCAGUAGACUACAUGUACUUUUUUCGUGGAACUGGUUGUUACUCACAAGUUGGCCGUGUAGGACGAAGGCAAAAAAUAUCUAUUGGUAGAGGUUGCGAACAGCAUGGAAUAAUUGUCCACGAAAUAGGUCAUGCUAUGGGUCUCUGGCAUGAACAAUCUCGCCCAGACAGAGAUAGCUACGUCCAAAUAGCUUGGAAUAACAUUUUAUCAGGCAUGGAAUUUAAUUUUAACAAACAUUCAACUAAUCGUAUCAACAGUUUCAAUGUUCCUUACGACUAUGCCAGCAUAAUGCAUUAUGGAGCUUAUGCAUUCAGCAAAAAUCGUAGAGCUACAAUUAUCAGUCGUAAAGCUGGCGAACGUUUUGGGCAGCGAGCAGGACUGAGUCCACUUGAUAAAAAACAACUUCGGUUGCUUUAUGGAUGCAAUGUUGGCACCACAAAAAAACCGGUACCAACGACUACAUCAGGUUGCGUUGAUAAAGAGACUCCAAGUAAUUGUAACUACUGGAAGAACCAAGGUUAUUGCAGGAGUAAAAAGUACGCAGCAUACAUGAAGGAAAAUUGCUGUAAAACAUGUGGCACUCUUGUGAACACGCCAAAACCGACAACAAAACCUACAAAAGCAACAACAAAAGCAACGACAAAAGCUACAGUUUGCUUCGAUAUACAGUCUUCAAAUAAUUGCAAUCACUGGAAAAGACAAGGUUAUUGUAAUCAUACGUUCCAAGUUUAUAUGAAGAAAAAUUGCUGUAAAACAUGUAAUCCUACACCAAAACCCACUAAAUCAGCAUGUAAAGAUAACAACAGGAACUGCGCAAGUUGGAAAAAUCUAAAUUAUUGUUCGUAUAGCCAGUAUCGUCGAUACAUGAUGCAAAAUUGCAAGAAAUCAUGUAACAUAUGCUAGGUUUAUGGUACUUUACUCUUUGUAGCUAGUGUAAUUACAAUAAUACUAUGUAAUUACAAAGUUAUUUUAUUUGUAUAAUGUAUUUAUGUAAUGUUGAGGAUGAGCUAGCCAAGGCCAUCGACAUUGUGUAAAAUAAACGCAGCCAAUCCACUUGGAUUUAUAUCAUAA